GCCUGGACUUGGCAUGCGCGUGGCGGACGGCUCAAACACAGACACCUGGGCCAACCAGCAAAGGGAAUCCGAUCAGUUAAGGGCAAGAAUGACCAGUCCAAAGGUGGACGAGUCCCAUAUCACCUUGCCUCAGCCUAUCUUUCAAACACCAGCUGCCAACCCGUCGUUCCUGUCGGUACACGGAAACCAUUUUCAGUUGAAUGGAGAACGCGUUUUUCUGUCGGGUGCUAACCAGGCCUGGGUCUCCUACGGCUAUGACUUUGGGAACAGGAACUACCAAUGGCGGGGGCCGCAGUUAGAGCGUUACCUCAAAGAAUUGCAACAAGCCGGCGGCAACUCUCUCCGUAUCUGGAUCCACAUUGAGGGCGCCGUGACCCCGAAUUUUGAUGGCAAUGGUUACGUCACGGCUCCAGACAAAGAAGGCACUUUCCUGAACGAAAUGAAGACCUACUUGAGAAAGGCACAGGAGUACAACAUCCUUGUCUUCUUCUGUCUGUGGAACGGAGCCUUGGUGAAGCCAGAAGACCAUUAUAAGCUAGAUGGACUUAUUAAAGAUACCCGAAAGCUGCAAUCUUACAUUGACAAAGCCCUUAUUCCUUGGGUAAACGCUGUGAAAGGUUUUCGGUCACUGGGAGGUUGGGAUAUUAUUAAUGAGCCGGAAGGACAGAUAAUUCCUGAUGUUCAGAACUCCGAACCUUGCUUUGAUACCAGGUCCCUAAAAAAUACCGGAGCGGGCUUUGAAGCUAGAACAUAUACGGCACAACAACUGUUAAGAUUCAUCAACUGGCAGGCAGACGCUAUCCACCGGGCUGACCCCAAGUCUCUGGUCUCCGUGGGAACAUGGAACGUUCAGUCUAACACGGACGCGAUGGGCAAAGUGGAUUUCUACAAAGACUCCUGUUUGAUUAUAGCUGGUGGGAGAGCAAAGGGAACUCUGGACUUCGUGCAGACGCACAGUUACUCCCAUCAAGGAUCAUAUGACAGUUAUGCUCCUUUUAAGCAUGUGGCAAGUGACUAUGGCCAUUCAAAGCCUAUUGUGAUAGGAGAAUUCAACCAAGUCAAAGGGGCAGGCAUGGAUAUCGUGGACCAGUUCGCUUGGGCAUACAACAAAGGCUACAGCGGUGCCUGGACUUGGCAUGCGCGCGCGGACGGCUCGGACACAGACACCUGGGCCAACCAGCAAAGAGGAAUCCGAUCAGUUAAGGGCAAGAAUGACCAGUCCAAAGGUGGACGAGUCCAUAUCACCUUGUAAAAAUAGCAAUUUUUGUCUGUUCCACAGAUAUCGCCAAAACAAUAUGAAUGCUGAAUGUGUACCCUAUAUGAAUAAAUAAAUAUUGACAUUU